AAUCAUUAAAUCGGGUAUCACGAUUACGUGAAUAAAUUCACUUGAAUUCACUAAAAAUGUCUAACAACAGCCUGUUUUUGAAGUCAGGCUUUGUGCGGGCGCCGCUGCAGAACGGCGUUGGCCGCUACGUAUGCCAAUUGCAGCGGAUUGUGCUUAAAUUCUGUAAAAGUCAUGGAAGCAGUCGCGGUAUGAGGGACUUCAUUGAGCAAGAUCUGGUGGAGUUUGCUCGGGAGAACCCCGGUGUGGUGGUGUACCUUAAACCACGGCGUCACCGCGCGCCCGUCGUAGUUGGAGAGUACUUAAACGGCGACCGUGUCUGGAUGAACAUGUGCAAUAAGCAGCAAACAGAAAUAACCAAAUGGAUGGAAGUACUCCGCACCCAACAGGGUGAUGUGUCUAACACCCGUCUCCGGAAGUAUCAGCACACAGACCAUCCGUCCAUACAGGGUGCCUGGACACCUUGGACGUUUAAAGUACCUGAACUUAAUACUGCUACGCUACCGGAUACAGAGUUCGGAAGGAAUGACAGACUGCCGCGUUCGGCGACGGAAGAGCUUCGGCUGCUGUUCGAGAAACAGAGGAUGGACGAAAAACAACUCAAGACUGGAGAAUAGAUUACAAACAGUAGCUGGGCGUGGGCGAAGCGGGCCCCCGCUCACGGCCUCACACUCAAAGGGGCCUCGCGCAAGCCAACCCUUUUUAUCAUCUUGGGAAUACACAUCAAGAAAAGGGCUUCGAAGCGUGUAUUAUUUGAAAUGUUUGUAAUUUUUGGGUAGUUGUGUAAAAGUCUGUGACAACCCUAUAUGUGCCAUUUUCAAUCAAAAGGGUUAUUGUCGGUUGUCAAUAAGGCGCUAUUUCCAUACAGCUUGCAAUUUGAAAUCAACCUUAUUGACAAGGGACAAUGUGGUACCUUUUGUUUUGUUUGAAAAUGUCAUGUUCUUGUGCGGUGUCGGUUACUUUUUCGGAUUGUAUGGAUCGUGUCUAAUAGUGCAACAGUGACAACCCUAGUAAAUGUACUGUGCUGCAUUCCUCUAGGGCCGCGCCUAUGUUUAACUAAGUUUAACUUGUAACUUAAUGGAGUUGAUCGAAGUUUUUUACAGAUGGCGCAUAGGCUUAACGCGUCAAUCCUAUAUGUUUUAUUUUAUUUUAUAAUAUGACCUGGAUCUAUGUCCUUUAAGCCAAAUUUCAUAAAACAAAACUAGACAGGCAAAACUUAUGCUGGUGCUAUCUAUAAAUAACCUUUUGACACACCAUGUACAGAUCUGAUGUAGUGCAUAAUUGUUUUCCAUCGUGUUUUCUCGGAAACGUUCGUAUUUGUCAUGCUACCUCAGUCAACCUCAGUACUGUUUGUACCGAGACUGAGUGAAAUAGCAAGACACGUUCGUACAGUCAAAGGCAAAAAUAUCGAUCCAGACAAAUGACUCAAAAAUAUGUGAACAUGACUUCAUUGUCUAAGGUGUAAGAGCGUACACAUAUUUUUGAAACUUUGGGAAUGUAUAUAUAUUUAUGCCCUUUUACGUUUCCGUGAAAAUACGAUGGAAAAUAAUUAUUCAUUAGCAUCUGUAAUAGAAAUAUUGAUAAAGAACCGAGGAACAAUCUUGUUAAAAUAAUUAUAAUUAGUUUUAGAAUUUAGAUUGUACAAAUAUAUGUUUAUAAAAUUA